CGCGUCGGGAGCGCCGGGCCUGCGGGCGGCGGCGGAGUGGGACUCGGCGCUGGCGCUGGUGUGGGCGCCAUGGACGCCGGCGCGGGGUCGGAGAGCCCGCCCGCCGAGCGCGGCGACCCGGGCCUGACUGCGGAGGAGGACGCGCGCGCCCGGGCAGAGUUCGCGGCGCUGCACGGCCUGGCGCUGCGCGCGUCCGGGGUCCCCGAGCGGUACUGGGGCCGCCUCCUGCACAAGUUGGAGCACGAGGUUUUCGAUGCCGGGGAGAUGUUCGGGAUAAUGCAAGUGCAGGAAGUGGAGGAGGAGAGUGAGGGCGAGGAGGCCCGGGAAGCGAGGAAGAAGCAGCCCAACCCCGGCGGCGAGCUCUGCUACAAGGUCAUCGUGACCAGCGAGAACGGGCUCCAGGCGGCCGACCCCAACAGCAUCUUCCUCAUCGACCACGCCUGGACGUGCCGUGUGGAGCGCGCACGCCAGCAGCUACAGCAGGUGCCCGGGCUCUUGCACCGCAUGGCCAGCCUGAUGGGCAUCGAGUUCCACGGCGAGCUGCCCAGCGCCGAGGCCGAGGACCUGGUGCUGGAGGAGAUGUGGCGGUUCAACCAGACCUACCAGCUGGCCCACGGGACAGCCGAGGAGAAGGUGCCGGUGUGGUACGUCAUGGACGAGUUCGGCUCGCGCAUCCAGCACUCGGACACACCUAGCUUUGCCACCGCACCCUUCUUCUACAUGCCCCAGCAGGUGGCCUACACGCUGCUGUGGCCCCUGCGGGACCUGGACACGGGCGAGGAGGUGACCCGGGACUUUGCCUACGGGGAGGCUGACCCUCUGAUCCGGAAGUGCAUGCUGCUGCCCUGGGUCCCUGCCGACCUUCUGGACUUCAGCUCCUCCACGCCCGAGCCGCCAGAUGAGCACUAUCAGGCCAUUUUGGAGGAAAACAAGGAAAAGCUGCCGCUUGCCAUCAGUCCGGUGGCAUAUCCCUGUGACCACGUCUUCAAGGUCUACACAGACAUUCAGCUGGUGUUCAGCCACCUCACGCACCCACGCUUCACCUUCACCCAGAGCGAGGCGGAUGCUGACAUUCUCUACAACUUCUCCCACUUCAAGGACUACAGGACGCUCAGCCAGGAGAGGCCCAACGUGCUGCUGAACCAGUUCCCCUGCGAGAACCUGCUGACGGUGAAGGACUGCCUGGCCUCUAUCGCGCGCCGGGCGGGGGGCCCCGAGGGCCCGGCCUGGCUGCCCCGCACCUUCAAUCUCCGCACCGAGUUACCCCAGUUUGUUAGCUACUUCCAGCAGCGGGAGAGGCGGGGCCAGGACAACCACUGGAUCUGCAAACCCUGGAACCUGGCCCGCAGCCUGGACACCCACAUCACCAGGAGCCUCCACAGCAUCAUCCGGCACCGCGAGAGCACCCCCAAGGUGUCUCUGAAGCCCCGACCCCGACUCCUUCCAAUGUCCUGGCCAGCAGGGGAGGGCUGUGUAACUGUCCAGGAGCGGGGGGAGCCCUUGUCGAGCGCUGUCCAGGUUGUGUCCAAAUACAUCGAAAAUCCUGUCUUGUUCCUUCGAGAAGACGUGGGGCCGGUCAAGUUCGAUGUCCGCUAUGUCGUGCUUCUGCGGUCGGUGAAGCCCCUGAGGCUGUUCGUAUAUGACGUGUUCUGGCUGCGCUUCUCCAACCGGCCCUUCGCACUCGAUGACCUGGACGACUAUGAGAAACAUUUCACCGUCAUGAACUAUGACCCGGAAGUGGUGCUAAAGCAGGUGCACUGUAAUGAGUUCAUCCCUGAGUUUGAGAAGCAGUACCCGGAAUUUCCCUGGAAGAGCGUCCAGGCUGACAUCUUCCAGGCCUUCACGGAGCUGUUCCAAGUGGCGUGUGCCAAGCCACCGCCCCUGGGCCUCUGCAACUAUCCCUCGUCCCGGGCUGUGUAUGCCAUCGACCUCAUGCUCAAGUGGGACAACUGUCCAGAUGGGAAGCGAAUGAUGCAGCCACAGAUCCUGGAGGUGAACUUCAACCCGGACUGUGAGCGGGCCUGCAGGUACCACCCGAGCUUCUUCAAUGACGUCUUCAGCACCCUGUACCUGGACGAGCCCGACCACUGCCACGUCACCCGCCUGACCUAGGUGCUCGUGGCUCCGUGGCGCGUGCCGGCCCGUUCCAGCCUCAGCACGUGGAGCUGCUUCUGCAGAGCCCGCUCCCCUCCUCCCUCAGGCGCAGCCUCGCCUUCGAGCUGUCAUCCCCGCGCCACCUCCGGGGGCUCAGGGUCCUCUUCCCUCCGAGGUCAGGAGCAGGGCCAGUCACGGUGUCCCCAGGGCUGAGUGCCAGGCCCCUGUCCGCACUCCCCUCACCACCACCUACGCUCAGCCGAGGGCUUUUCCAGAGAGUCCGGUUCCUGGGCUGCUGUGUUUCCCAGGGUGUUAGCAGAUGCGGGUUCUGGGGAGCACGACGAGGUGUCCCCACAAACAGGUUUACCCAGCAACACCUGUGGGCCCCACACGUGAACGGGGGCCAGGCGGACUGCUUCUCCAGAGUGUCUGCCCAUGCGUCGAGUCUGCCCCGUGGCAGGGUGUCAGGGUCCCACCCCGCACCCCUGCCCCCCAGAACACCUGGGAGCCUGCUUCCCAGACCCAGCCUUCUUCUUUCCCAGUCUCAACCAAAACCUUCACCAGCAAGCUUCCCGUGAAGUUCCCACUCAGGAAGGCCCGCGGCCUUUGGCUGCCGUCGCCUUUCCGUUUAUGCAGAAGCAGGCCACCCUCCUGUCUGCGGCCCAGACAGAGCUUUCUCCCUCAUCUGCCGUCGGCUGGGGCCUCAGGGACAAGUGGGGUGGCGGAGCGCCAGGCAGCAGGCAGCUGAGGAAGACCAUUCUAGGCGGAACUUGACGUUACCGUCAGAUGCCACCUUCCCCCAGAGUCUAGAGUCAAAAUGUUGGAUUUUUGUUCGUUUUUCAUCGAUGGGAGGAAAAUAUAAAAAUUCUUAUCAUUUCCAUAACUUUGUUUCUGAAAUUUGGAGUCACAUGCUGGUGUGUCUCGUGUAGCCGCAGUGCCCCCAAGCCCAGCUGACAGGCUGGUGGGCGAGCUUGCCCCCCGGGGUGGGGGGGGGAGCUUGAUUUCGUUUUGAAGCCAAGAAGCAAAACGACCUGACCGUGCCUCCCAUCCAUGUGUCUGCUUGGCUGUGUCUGUCCAUCUUCUCUGCCACCCAGAACCUCAGCUGUCGGCUGGGGAGACGCCCCUUCCCUGCAGCCAAGCUGAGGUGUAGAGAGCAGGACGCCUUGUCUCUGGUAUGCUCCCUGGGGAGCCGCCGGCGUCCUGUCGUCUCCUCGAUGCGACCUGUACCGCAAUAAAGUAUACCUUCUCGA